AUAAACGUCACCUUUUCCUUUGGUGAGCGAGGUGUGUUCACGUGAGGUUGUGUGUUCCCUCGACAAUAGGUCACACAAUCCUCAGAAUUUCGUGAAAUAUUCUUGUAAAAUAAAAAAAAAAAACAUAAAAUUCAUAAAAAUCCAAAAAAAUAGUAAAAUAACAAAAAAAUUAACGGGAAUCACUUGAUUUUAAGUUAGUGUACGUAAGCGUGCAACGUGGUCUAAGGAAUGCGAUAGUAGUCAUUAAAAAGAGAAAGUGAAGUUUUUGUACGACCAAGUUAAUGUUAUACAUAUAACUGUCAUAUUAAAAUUACACCAUGAAUCCCGGACCUCCAAAUUACCCUAUGGCAUCUCUGUAUGUCGGAGAUUUACACUCCGAUAUUACUGAAGCCAUGUUGUUUGAAAAAUUUUCAACUGCGGGUCCGGUUCUCUCUAUUCGCGUUUGUCGAGAUAUGAUAACUCGUAGAUCCCUAGGUUACGCCUACGUGAAUUUUCAGCAACCAGCUGAUGCUGAACGUGCCCUCGACUCAAUGAAUUUUGAUAUGAUCAAGGGAAGACCUAUUAGAAUCAUGUGGUCCCAACGAGAUCCAUCAUUGCGUAAGUCUGGCGUAGGAAAUGUUUUCAUAAAAAAUCUUGACAAAACUAUUGACAAUAAAGCAAUGUAUGAUACAUUUUCUGCAUUUGGCAAUAUUUUAAGUUGCAAAGUGGCCCAAGAUGAAACAGGUGCCUCAAAGGGUUAUGGGUUUGUACAUUUUGAAACUGAAGAAGCUGCCAACAAAUCCAUCGAUAAAGUUAAUGGCAUGUUAUUGAAUGGUAAAAAGGUAUAUGUUGGCCGAUUCAUUCCUCGUAAAGAACGUGAAAAGGAACUCGGUGAAAAGGCCAAAUUAUUCACCAAUGUCUAUGUGAAGAAUUUUGGCGAGGAAUUCAAUGAUGAAAUGUUAAAAAAGAUGUUCGAAAAAUAUGGUCGUAUUACAAGUCAUAAAGUAAUGUAUAAAGAUGAUGGAACAUCUAGGGGCUUUGGAUUUGUAGCUUUCGAAGACCCUGAUGCAGCUGAAAGAGCUUGCAUGGAACUGAAUGGUAAAGAGCUUGUUGAGGGAAAGCCUUUAUAUGUAGGAAGAGCUCAAAAGAAAGCGGAACGUCAAAAAGAAUUGAAGCGUAAGUUUGAACAACUGAAAUCUGAACGGUUGACUCGCUACCAAGGUGUCAACUUAUAUGUGAAGAAUUUAGAUGACACUAUUGAUGAUGAAAGAUUACGAAAAGAAUUUGCUCCAUUUGGCACUAUAACAUCUGCUAAAGUAAUGUUAGAAGACGGUCGCAGCAAAGGUUUUGGUUUUGUGUGUUUCUCUUCUCCAGAAGAAGCCACUAAAGCAGUUACUGAAAUGAAUGGUCGUAUUGUGGGCACAAAACCACUUUAUGUAGCUCUGGCCCAGCGGAAAGAAGAUCGUAAAGCUCACUUAACAUCACAAUACAUGCAGCGUAUGGCCAGCAUGCGCAUGCAACAAAUGGGCCAAAUAUUCCAACCUGGAGGUGCAGGAGGCUACUUUGUACCAACAAUUCCAGCUGCACAGCGCUUUUAUGGCCCUGCUCAAAUGACACAAAUUAGACCAUCACCUCGUUGGACUGCACAACCACCAGUAAGACCUAGCACUCAAACUGCUGCUUCAGGUUAUCCAAAUAUGCAAGCACCAUUCCGGCCUGCACCUAGAGGCCCUACUCAAGCUACUUUGCGAACUUCGCUAGGAGCUAGACCAAUUACUGGACAACAAGGUGUAGCUGGUGCAGCUUCUAUUCGCACCCCUCUUGUGACGCAGAGUGGCCGAACUGCUGGUUAUAAAUAUACAGCAAAUAUGCGUAACCCUCCAGCACCACAACCAGCUGUACACAUUCAAGGUCAAGAACCAUUGACGGCUACCAUGUUAGCUGCAGCACCACUUCAAGAGCAAAAACAAAUGCUGGGUGAACGUCUUUUCCCUUUGAUCCAAAGAAUGCAUCCAGAUUUGGCUGGAAAAAUUACAGGAAUGCUUUUGGAAAUUGACAAUUCUGAGCUUCUUCAUAUGUUAGAACAUGGAGAGUCUCUCAAAGCUAAGGUUGAUGAGGCUGUUGCUGUUUUGCAAGCUCACCAAGCUAAACAGCAAGCCACAAAAAAGGACUAAGGCAACAAUAAUGGCCUUACAAGAACCGCUAUUAAGUUCUUGUUUUAAUAUGCUUUGAAAAAUAUUUCUAUUCUAAACAGUCCCGCUCAUAAAAAUAAAUGAAUAAAAAUUGAAAAAAAAAUGAAAAUGUGGAAUUUGCACUAAUCCAAAUAAUAUAUACUUGUAAUACAAUUAAGUGCAUUUCCACAAACAAAAAUAUGAAACUGUCAACAUUUCUAUAUUUGAAAGAGUAUAACACUAAACUCUGACUUUUUACAUUGACUAAGAAGAGAAGUAAAGGGUUUGAUUUAAGUUAAUUUUUCUUUUUUAUCCUUUCAGUCAACUUUUGUUUUAAUGUUAUCCUGUCUUUAUUUUCGGAUCAGCUUGUCAUUGGAUCUACCUUGGAAUUUAAACUUGGUCACCAAUGCAACUGAUUAAAUAUGUAUUUCUUUUUAAUAUGUUACGUAUUAUAUUCUGUCGAUUAUUCAUUAA